CUGGAACUCGUGGUAUAUACACUUCAACACGUUGUUAUCGGGAUGGGAAAGUCAUCGUUGGUCCGGCGCGGGAUCCACAAUGCGCUGCUGCAGGGCAAGCGCGGGGGAGGGGCAUUCGAGCUCCCGAGCGCGCUCCUUCCUCGUUUGUACUCGUGCAAUACUAUCCGUCACGCACGCCCUAUCGGACGCCCUGGAGACAAUACUAAAUUGACUCGUUGCGCACCCUUACAGUCGUCGUUCAUUCCUUCCUUUUCCACUACUAAAAUUCCACCCAGAUAUUGUUCGAGCUCUGCUUCGAGCACCCUGCUGAAAAUAAUGGCCGACAGAGACGUUCUUCCCGACGUUGUCAAGCCAUUCAACUAUGCCAUCUCCCUGUCCGAGCUCGAGCUCGGCGGCAGCUGGACCUACCAGGGCAAAGUCGACAUUGACGUCGAAGUUAAGCAAGAGACUAAGGAAAUCACAUUGAACACCCACCAGCUCAAGGUCCAAAGCGUUCAAGUCUCAACUGAGCAAGGCAAGACCGAAGGUGCUAUCAAAGCCUCCAACAUUACCUACGAUGAGAAGAACCAGAGAGCAACCUUCCACUUCGACCAACCUAUCCCUCAAUCGCAUAAGGCUGUUGUGUCGGUCAAGUUCAGCGGUAUUAUGAACAAUGAUAUGGCUGGAUUCUACCGCUCCAAGUACAAGCCCACCGUUCCUGCCGCCGCAUCUGUCCCGAGAGAUUCCGAGUACCACUACAUGCUGUCCACCCAAUUCGAGUCCUGCGACGCCCGUAGAGCUUUCCCCUGUUUCGAUGAGCCCAAUCUCAAGGCAACUUUCGACUUCGAGAUCGAGAUUCCUGAGGACCAGACCGCUCUGUCGAACAUGCCUGAGAAGGAAACCAAGAAGGGUAACAAGGCUGGCACGAAGAUUGUCUCUUUCGAUCGCACACCCAUCAUGAGCACAUAUCUCCUCGCUUGGGCUUUCGGUGACUUCGAGUACAUUGAGGACUUCACCAGACGCAAGUACAACGGCAAGAACCUUCCCGUUAGAGUCUACACCACCAGAGGUCUCAAGGAGCAGGGUAAAUUGGCUCUGGAGAGCGCUCACCAGGUUGUCGACUACUUCUCUGAGAUCUUCCGCAUCGAAUACCCUCUUCCCAAGGUUGACCUCUUGGCUGUCCAUGAGUUUUCACACGGUGCCAUGGAGAACUGGGGCCUGAUCACUUACAGAACCACUGCUGUGCUUUUCGACGAGUACGCCUCGGACCAGAAGUACAAGAACCGCAUUGUUUACGUCGUUGCUCACGAACUCGCUCACCAGUGGUUCGGUAACCUGGUCACCAUGGAUUGGUGGUCUGAGCUCUGGCUGAACGAGGGUUUCGCUACCUGGGUCGGUUGGCUGGCCGUGGACCACCUCCACCCCGACUGGUCAGUCUGGUCUCAAUUCGUCACCGAAUCCAUGCAGACUGCCUUCAACCUGGACUCCCUAAGAACCUCCCAUCCUAUCGAGGUUCCCGUCAGAAAUGCUCUCGAAGUCGAUCAGAUCUUCGAUUCCAUCAGUUACCUCAAGGGAAGCUCAGUCAUCCGCAUGCUGGCUUCCCACUUGGGCGUCGAAACCUUCUUGCACGGUGUCGGAGACUACCUUCAGGCCCACAAGUACCAAAAUGCCACUACCAGCGACCUGUGGUCUGCUCUUAGUAAGGCCAGUGGCAAGGAUGUAAACACUUUUAUGGACCCUUGGAUUCGUAAGAUUGGUUUCCCUGUCGUCACUGUCUCAGAGGAGCCUGGUCAAAUCAGCAUCAAGCAGUCACGUUUCCUAAGUGGAGGUGACGUCAAGCCUGAGGAAGACGAGACCACCUGGUGGAUCCCUCUUGGCCUCAAGUCUGGUUCGAACACCACCGAGGCCCAGAGCGGCUCGCUUACUGCCAAGGAGGAUACUAUCCGCGAGAUUGACGACAGCUUCUACAAGCUCAACUCCGAACAGACUGGCUUCUACCGCACAAACCUGCCUCCCAAGAGACUUACACAGCUUUCAACUCAGCUUGACAAGCUCUCUCCCCAGGACAAGAUUGGUCUGAUUGGUGAUGCCGCAGCUCUUGCGAUCUCAGGUGACGCAACCACUGCUGGCGUCCUCUCCUUCCUCGAGGGCUUCACAAAGGAGACCAACUACCUCGUCUGGUCCGAGGUCCUGUCUAGUCUGGGCAACAUCAGAUCUGUCUUCACCGACGACGAGCAGGUUUCUGAGGGUCUCCGCCAAUACACCCUGCGUCUGGUCAGCGAGGCCACCGACAAGAUCGGCUGGGAUUUUGCUCCUCACGAUGACUACCUGACUGGCCAGUUGCGUGCUCUUCUGCUCGCUUCUGCUGGUAUGGCUGGUCACGAGGGUGUCGUUGCCGAGGCUAAGAAGCGCUUCACUGCUUUCACUGAGGGAGGCGACAAGAAGGCUAUCCACCCCAGUCUGCGAACUACUACCUUCAAGAUUGCUGUCAAGGAAGGCGGCAAGCCCGCUUACGACGCUGUCAUGAAGGAGUACACCAACACAACCUCCGUUGACGGUAAGGAGAUCGCCCUUCAAGCCCUUGGCAGAGUUCAGUCGACCGAGCUGGCUAGAGAAUACCUGAAGUGGUCUUUCAGCGGCGCCGUCGCCACACAAGAUCUGCACACACCUUCUAGAGCACUUGCUCUCAACUCAAAGACCAAGCUCGAAGUUUGGCACUUCAUCAAGGAGAACUGGGACAUGCUGAGAGAGCGUCUCGGCGGUAACAUGGUCGUCCUCGAGAGAUAUCUCCGCAUGAGUCUUAACAGAUUCUCGAGCAAUGAGAUCGAGAAGGAGAUUGCCGACUUCUUCAGGGACAAGGACAACUCUGGCUACGACCGUGGCCUUGCUGUCGUCAGCGACACCAUCAAGGGUAGAGCUAGAUACGCACAGCACGAUCUUGAGGUCAUCAGAGAGUGGCUCUCUGCUCACGGUUACACCAAGUGAAUGUAGGUGCAGCAAACACAAAAUGAUAGAAACGAACUAGAUCAAUGUACGCCAACAGUUGUGUUUAUUGCAAGAUACUAUCACCAUGCUCCACCUCCCUUCUUUGUGCAUGUCACUGGUGGAAAGCCAUAUCAAGGCACAGAUAGUUUCGACAUUUUUGUCAGUCAGCCUGUACAGGAGCACGUGAAAACAAGUGCUUACUGCUGAAGAUCCUUGUACCUCGGUUUCAGGACAUUAUGAGAUACACGCUGAUAUUCAAGUCAAGAAGACCAAAAGUGGAAUUGCCUCAGGUCGUGCCUCUCCUAUGCUAAUGCUAUCUAAAGUGAAAGUUCCUGUCUUCUUUUCAUAACAGUCGUACAACGUCAACGUUAAGAUCCCUCUCGAUCUCCCAAUCCGGCAAGCAUUACGUCUCAGUCGUCUAAUGCUAGCCAUUCUGCCUCUGCUGUGCUCAUUCCCAACGCAUCCACGAU